AAUUUUCAUGUGCUCUAACGCUUGGACUUCGGUAUUCUCCUCCAUCUGCAUUUUGCCCUAUCGCUUUUUCUCUCUCUACAUUCUCUCCUCAAUCUACCCCUAAAUCCCUAAACUCAUGGCGACGGAUACUCAAAACUCCACAUCACAGAAUUCAGACCUCGAAAACCCCAACAAAACCCUAACCCCAACCACAACUAAUCUUCCCGAUCUCCCCGACAAAUCGAACAACUCUUCCGACGAUAUCGCCGCCGACAUUGAAGUUGUUGGUGUUCACGACAAGGAAUCAGACGUCUCGAAGAAUGAUAUUGGUACUGUAGAUUCUGCUGCUAAUACAGCGUCCGUUUCUCCUACUAGAACUGGUGCUGCAAAUGAUGUUGAGAAGAAGGUCCGUAGGGCUGAGAGAUUCGGCGUUCCUGUUCAGUUGUCGGAGCAAGAGAAGCGCAAUUCUAGGGCUGAGAGGUUUGGCAUGGGUGCUGGAUCAGAAGCUUCUAAGACAUCUGAUGCCCAUGCUGGAUCAGAAGCGUCUAAGACAUCUGAGGAUCAGAAGAGAAAGGCUAGAGCAGAGAGGUUUGGACUACCUGUGUCAGCUGAUGAAGAAGUAAAAAAGAAAGCUCGUCUUGCCAGAUUCGGUUCUGACACUAAGACAGAUGCUAAGACAGACACAAAGACAGACUCUAAGACAGACACUAAGACAGACACUCUUGAAGAAGAAAAAAAGAAAGCACGGGCACUUAGGUUCGCACAACCUCCUUCAAAGGCUGCAGAUCAUACAAAUGGAAAGGAAGAUGUUGGUUCCGAAAAGAAUACUGCAAUAGCAGAAAACACUGUCGAAGAGGCUUGACAAACUGGUGCAGUUACUUCUCGUAGUAAGGUGUAGUGUAACUUUUUUCCUCUUGUUCUAUGGCCUCUAUACUUUUGACAACCUAUUCAGUUUCCGAGAUGUGCUGCUGAAGUUUUGGGUCAGUGGAAGAAUUUCCUUAUUUGUUGUAGAAUGUGCUUUUACCCAGCAAGGCUUAGAUUAGUCAAGAAUUUCCUCCUGAAUGGCUAAUUUUUUAAAAUUUAGUGCAAGAAUAUCAAAUAUGUACAGCAGGUCUGUAGCUAGGCAAGCAGUGUUUUAUGUCAAACUCUGGCUAAAUGCAAACUUAAGUAGACUCUUUAAUUUGGAUGGCAAGCAGUACUAUAUGUCAAACUCUGGCUAAAUGCACACUUAGUAGAUCUCUAAUUUGGAUGAGGGGAGAUUGCGAAACUGUUAUCUUCCAUUGGGUGGUGGCUAACUGGUGCUACGUGUUCUGGUAGUGUCCAACAAGUUUUAGUGACAAGUAUCAGGGUUCGUAUUAUGCUAGCUUUAAAAAAAAAAUCAUUUUCAUUUUAUUGUUGUCCCUUGUAUUACUGAUGGUCAUUUUACAAGUAACAUUCUCUCUUGGGAUUAAAAUAUAGGUGUAGAGUAUUAGUUCUACGGUGCAGGUUGUGGUUUUAGGUUGGGGUAAGAGGGGACUUCGUUGGCCUGGAUUAAGAUCUUGAAAAUGUAGAGUUUACUCCUUUUGCUUUGAAACAAGUGCAAGUCGUGAAGUAGAGCUUUUUUCUAUAAUUUUCGUUUUUUAUCUUGAAAAAAAAAUUGUUGCUCAGUCUUAAUAUUUUGAUUUCCCCUCUAUGUUUGGUGCAUUAGUAAGGUAUCAUGUUUAGUCAAACUGCAUAGUGCGGAUUCCUUGAAUAAGUUUCUCAUAUCUUAUAGUCAUUUGAUUUGUUCUGAGAUGCAAUAGGCAUAAUGGGCAGUUAGGGGUACACCGAUGAACUUAAGUCUCUAGAUAGACCAAGCAGGCUGAGUAAUGCCUGUCAGCACUGAGCUGCAGUUGGCAUUGGUCCUUUAGCCUGCAUUGCACGUAGUGAUGAUAUUCUUAGAUUUGUUUACAUGUCAUUCAGGAGGCAUUUCUGCUGUAUAUUAGGUCUUUGCUGGGUAAUUGCCUUUCAAUGCUGACAUACUUGGAUGGAAGGCAAAGAUAUGGCUAUGAUUUAUGGAAGUUUGAUCUUUGGCUUUCGCUAUUAUGUAAAGAUAUUUAUGUGCAUCAAUGUUUUAGCUUGGAAAUUGUUGUUGGUUGUGAAACAUUUUGGAUAGAGGACCAUGUAACUUAAGGAAGGUAGGUAUUGUAUUUAAAUUAAUUUGAUUUUUGUUCA